AUGGCACUGAAAAGCAAGGCAAUGAAAGAGAUUCUUCCUUACGUGGAUGUCACCAUUCGUAAUUACGAUGGUAACACUGUUUUACACACAAUUUUCGACUCAAUUUCCUGGAAGGGCUUGGUAACUCUCUUGCUUCCCUAUUCGGAUGUGUACGCUAAAAAUAACGCUGGUGAAACGCCACUUCUACUUGCAGCUUCCUACACGUCCGCAUUCCACAGCAACAGGGACUACGUAAACGACAUGAAGCUACUGAUUCUUCAUUCACCCGUUAAUGUAACAGACGUAGAAGGUAGAACGGCACUUCAUCGGUGCGCUGACAAAGGGCACUUGGAUGCCAUCAAACUACUGUUUCCUCACUCGUCAGCCAAUAAGCUUGACAAAACAGGAAAGAGCGCGCUGCACUAUGCUCUGGAGGGAGACGAAGUUGACAUUGUAAAACUCCUGCUUCUCAAUUCCUCAGUGGCAGCGACAGACAGGAUGAUCCUCCGUUUCAGUGCUCAGUGUGACUAUAUCAACAUUGCGAGGUUUCUCCUACGUCUCGCAUCGAGCAGCGCCCGUGAUGCGAGUGCACGUAUGCCACUGAACCGUUGUUCCCCGGAAAGUGGCUUUGAUAUUGUUAGACUACUUCCCCACUUAUCGGCUUCUACAGUUGACGAACAAGGGUCCACCUUGCUUCGUAUUAGCGCAAAACACGGUCACGUGGAAGUAGUGCAAAUGAUUCUUCCUCACUCUGACGCUAAUAUCCCUGAUGGCAACGGUGACAGUGCUCUGCACGUAGUCGCGUGCAAGCGUAGCUUGAAGCGGUCAAAGCAAGACUUGGCUGUGGUCAGGCUGUUGCUUCCUUAUUCUAAGGACUAUACUCAAUUUCAUCGGCUAAAGUACAGAGACCCGGUCCAAAAGCUGCUACACCUCCAUUCACCUGUCGUCAGUUAA